GGGUCGCGGCGGCUUCCCCCGCAGGGUUCAUUCCUGACUGAGGGGAACGGCGGAAGGGAGCAAGCUCCCGGCUCGCCCGCCCGCCGGAGAAGCUAGCCCAGCAGUCCGGCAAGCCAAUUCCGGCUGGUGAAGGAGCGCCGGGCCCGAACCCGCGCGCGGCCGUCCGGGGGGUCCCUCAGCGGGACCGACGCCUCCCGCGGGCAGCUGCCCCGCCGCCUCCCGCCCGCUGUGCCCAUGUCCGGCUGCGCCAAGCGAUGACUCUGAGCGCGGAGAUGUCCGCCGCCGCCUCCGCCUUGGCCGAAGAGGCAGACAUCGACGUGGUCGGGGAGGGCGAGGGGGGCGGCGACGAGGACGAGGACGACGAGGAGGAGCCCCCUCCCCGGCGGCCCUACGACGACGAGGAGGAGGACGAAGCCGUCUCACUGCCCAGGUCCCCGGGGGGGCGGGCGCCGGCAGGGUCCCCGGGCUCCGGCUCGCCCUCCUCUCCCUCCUCCUCGUCCUCCGGCUCCCCCUCGCAGCCGGGGCCCUUCAGGGCGGCGGGCGGCGGCAAGAGCAGCCUGGUGAAGCCGCCCUACUCGUACAUCGCGCUCAUCACCAUGGCCAUCCUGCAGAGCCCCAAGAAGCGGCUGACGCUGAGCGAGAUCUGCGAGUUCAUCAGCGGCCGCUUCCCCUAUUACCGCGAGAAGUUCCCGGCCUGGCAAAACUCCAUCCGCCACAACCUGUCGCUCAACGACUGCUUCGUCAAGAUCCCCCGCGAGCCGGGCAACCCGGGCAAGGGCAACUACUGGACGCUGGACCCGGAGUCCGCCGACAUGUUCGACAACGGCAGCUUCCUGCGGCGCAGGAAGCGCUUCAAGCGGCAGCCGCUGCCGGCGUCCGACCUGCUCCUCCGCGGGCUCGAACCCGCCGCCGCCUUCCUUCACCCGCCGGCCGCCCCGCCGCCGCCCGGGCACCCCGGCCAGCCCCCCGCCUACGCCUACGGGCCUUAUAGCUGCGGCUACGGCCUCCAUCUCCAGCCUUACCACGCGCCCUCGACACUCUUCGCUUUCCAACCUCAGGAGAGGCGGCCGUCGGCAACGGGCCCCAUCCUGCCGCCCGCCCCGCCUUCCCUCCUGCCCCCGACAGCGGCGGCGGCACCGGAGCUGGCCCGGACUCCCAGUUUCGGCUACGCGGCCCAGUUGGGCCCGUCGCUGGCCGCCUCUUUGCACGCGGCCGCCACCAAGACCACCUCGGCCUUGGCGCGCUCCCCGUUCUCCAUUGAGAGUAUCAUCGGGGGCGGUGUGAGCGCCGGGGCGGGGAAUCGCUGCGGGUCUCAGGCCGCAGGGCUGCCGGUCCUGGCACGAACUCUGAUGGCCUCGCCGUCGCCGUCGCCCUCGCUGGCCUCUCCCGCCGCCGCCGCCGCCUCUCUCGGAACUCUGCCCCCCCACGGGGCGGCCUUGGGCAGCCUAGAAAGCUGCGCGGCCCGGAUUUCCAACUGCUAGCUCCCUGGGCCGCCAGCCUCGUCUCCCUUCGGCUUUGGAGAGCAGCGACGCGGAGAGACCUUUCCGGACAGAUCGACUCCCUGGUUGGUUUCUCUGUGCCCUUUUCCUCGCUUGUCUCUGGCCUUCCGGUUUGCUUCUUCCUCCGUACCUCUAUUUAUGCAAAGCCAUUUCUAGGUGCUGCAGAGACAGAUGGCAGAGCAACGGUCCUCAGGCUUCUGCUUUGAAAACAGACGCCGUCCCUUUUCCCCCCUUUAAAAUAUCUUUUCGGAAGAAAAAAGUUUUAUUUGCUUUCCGUUGCAGAGCUCGCUGGGUUCCCCCAGGAAGGGAGGAGACGGUGGGUGGGAGAACAUGGGAAUCCAGCAAAAAUGUUGAGGGGAUCGUCAUUUGCAGCUCAUUUUUUUCCGUACUUUUUAAUGCACGGAAAGAUCAAAAUGUUUACAUAGAAGCGAUUGUCAUUGUCGUUGGGGUAUGUAUGAAUGGAAGGCUUUUUGUCUUUUCAAUUUGUAUUUUAUGCAUAUUCUUUAUCAGGAUUAUUGUUAAGAGGACUGACAAGUUUUAUUGUACCUUCCAUUUUUUUUAAAAAGAAGAAGAAAACUUUUUUUACAUAUUUCUGGAAAUAAAACAAAUG